CCAUCUCAUUGUUUGGGCAAAACUCGGGCUAGAAACCAAACCAAACCAAAUCCGGACCCAAGUCCUCGUGACCGGCUAACAACUCCCUCCGAGCCUAUGUUCUUUCUAAAACCCUAACCUGAGAAAUUCACUCACUCGUUCUUGAAAAUUUGCAAGCAAUCAUGUACGGUGGUGAUGAAGUAUCAGCUAUAGUCAUUGACUUGGGCUCACACACUUGCAAAGUUGGUUAUGCCGGCGAGGACGCACCGAAGGCCGUCUUUCCUUCUGUUGUUGGGUCGACGGAUCAAAUGGACGUUGAUGACACUACAAGCAAAUGUAAGUUAUAUGUAGGAUCUCAGGCUUUAGGGUUUCGUCGAGACCAUAUGGAGGUGUUAUCACCUUUUAAGGAUGGGAUCGUUGCUGACUGGGAUAUGGUUGACAACAUAUGGAAUCAUGCUUUCAGAGAGUGUCUAUUGAUUGACCCAAAGGAGCACCCGAUGCUACUUGCAGAACCUUCAUCCAACAGUCAACAACAGAGAGAAAGGACAGCAGAGCUUAUUUUUGAAAAGUACAAUGUUCCUGCAUUAUUUUUGGCCAAGAAUGCUGUUCUAACAUCUUUUGCAUCAGGACGUGCUACCUCGCUAGUUGUUGAUGGUGGUGGAGGAUCAACUACAAUUGCCCCAGUCCAUGAUGGUUAUGUUCUUCAAAAGGCAGUGGCCUCUUCUCCUAUUGGAGGAGAACUUCUUACUGAUUGCUUGCUGAAAAGCUUGGAGAGCAAAGGUGUCAUGAUAAAACCAAGGUACUCUUUCAAAAGAAAGGAAAUACAGCUGGGUGUGUUUCAGACGGUGGAUCUUGAUUUUCCAAGUACAACUGAAAGCUAUAGACUCUACUCUCAGAGAGUGAUUGCAAGUGAUAUCAAGGAAUGUGUGUGUCGAGCCCCAGAUACACCAUAUGAUGAAAGUUCAUACUCAAACAUUCCAAUGACUCCAUAUGAGCUUCCUGACGGCCAGACAAUUGAAAUUGGAGCUGAUAGAUUCAAGAUUCCAGAUAUUCUAUUCAAUCCAUCCUUGAUUCAGACAAUUCCUGGUAUGGAUAAUUUUGUGGAGAUUGCUUCUAGUGCUCGUGGUUUGCCGCAAAUGGCUAUUGAAAGCAUUAAUAAGUGUGAUGUUGAUAUCCGAAGAGAACUGUUUAGUAGUAUACUGCUUGCUGGUGGAACAGCAUCAAUGCAACAGUUGAAGGAACGACUUGAGAAAGAUUUGCUUGAGGAGUCUCCUCCAGCUGCCAGAGUUAAAGUGCUGGCUAGUGGAAAUGCAACUGAAAGGAGAUUCAGUGUAUGGAUAGGAGGUAGUAUACUGGCAUCUCUUGGUUCAUUCCAGCAGACGUGGUUCUCCAAGUCUGAGUAUGAAGAGCAUGGGGUGUCUUAUGUACAAAGAAAAUGCCCUUGAUACUAUAUAUAUGAAGGUAGCUGCGCAGAAGUAUCAGUUGUCGGGGAGGAUAAUUUUAUGGUUGGUGGAGAUUUCUUCAAAGUCAUCUGAGCUCUUAACAUUUCUGGGAUCAUAUAGCUUUCCAGCAAGUUUGCAGCAUCUACUGUCACCACGAAACAUUAGCUUAGAUUAUAUCAUUAUCUUCUGGUUAGCAUUUGCUUUGUAUCAGCAUUUUCCAUUCACUCAUUCCGUGACAAUCUGAUCCUGUAGCGUAGGUUGAUGCCCUUUUGUGUACUAUUUACAAACAUGUAUUAGGUUGUUAAUGCGAACAAUCUGUACUAUUAUUACUCUGACAGAGAAGAUGGAAUUGAAAAAAAAGAGGAUUUUGGUUC